ACAAGAUUCCACGGUAGUACUGGAGGAGUGCUCGUAACGCCUUGGAGCUGAGUUAGACCAUCAAAGGUGGGACAGAGUAGAAAAUUUGAAAAAACAAAGUGUGACAGCGGGCCAGUUGUCUCUGCUCCACUAAUCAACAUGAUCAAAUUCAAAUGAAAAGUUAUCUGAAGUUGUAGUGGCUGUGUUCUGCUUUGCCCCACGUAAGCUGGACACCCACAGAGCAGUGUGCUGGCCGUCUGCUGGAGUUGAUGAUUUCCCCUGCUGUGUGAUUUCUCCUACAGGUGUGUAUGCGUGGGCAGGGUAACAUGAGUGAGGGUAGCGUGAGGAAGAGGCAGGACAUCUGUAAUGGAAUGACCAUCUCCGGCCCAACCUCCAAUAUGGCCUCACCAUCAUCCCUACUUGAUGGAGACGAUGUGAAGGCAACCAUCCUACACAAAGAGGUGGGCCUGGUGAGUGGCAUCUCUCUAAUCGUGGGGACCAUGAUCGGCUCCGGCAUCUUCAUUUCCCCCAAGGCGGUGCUGCUGACCACGGGAGCCGUGGGACCUUGCCUGUGUGUCUGGGCUGCUUGCGGGGUGCUGGCCACUCUGGGUGCGCUGUGCUACGCCGAGCUGGGCACGAUGAUCACCAAGUCGGGCGGGGAGUACUCGUACCUCAUGGAGGCGUUUGGUCCCGUGGUGGCCUACCUCUACUCCUGGACCACCGUCAUCAUCCUGAAGCCCUCCUCCUUUGCCAUCAUCUCCCUCAGCUUCGCAGAGUACGCCUCCACGCCGUUUUACCCAGGAUGCACUCCUCCCAUGGUGGUCACUAAGUGCCUGGCAACAGCAUGCGUAGUUAUAAUAGUGCUGGUGAACUGUCUUAGCGUCAAGCUAGCUAGCUAUGUCCAGAACUUCUUCACCGCGGCUAAGCUCCUCAUCAUCUUGGUCAUUGUGGUGGCUGGCAUCGUCCUGUUGGCACAAGGUAAUACUGAGAAUCUGUCCGACCCGUUUGAAGGAGCCAGGACUUCUUUUGGGUCCAUCGGGCUGGCCUUCUACAACGGGCUCUGGGCCUACGAUGGGUGGAAUCAGCUGAACUUUAUAACAGAGGAGCUUAAAAACCCAUACAGAAACCUUCCUCUAGCCAUCAUCAUUGGUAUUCCCUUGGUGUCUGUGUGUUAUGUCCUGGUCAACAUAGCCUACUUCAGCGCAUUGACCACUACCGAACUCCUCCAAUCUCCGGCUGUUGCUGUGACAUUUGGGGAACGAGUGCUGUAUCCCCUGUCCUGGGUCGUUCCUUUGUUUGUUGUGUUCUCCACGUUCGGAGCGGCCAAUGGGAGCUGUUUUACUGCUGGCAGGCUAACAUACGUGGCAGGAAGAGAGGGGCACAUGGUGAAGAUAUUGUCAUAUAUCAGCCUGAGGAACUACACUCCUUCCCCGGCCCUCAUCUUCAACGGUAUGCUGACCUUGAUAUACAUUAUGCCAGCUGACAUCAACACUCUGAUCAACUACUUCAGCUUCGCCCAGUGGGCCUUCUAUGGCCUCACAGCUCUCUCCCUAAUAGUGAUGCGCUUCACCAGGAAGGAGCUAAACAGGCCCGUCAAGUGUCCCCUGCCCAUCGCAGUGCUGGUGGUGUUGGUGUCCUUCUACCUGGUGCUCGCCCCCAUUGUAGACAAGCCGGAGAUGGAGUACCUGUACUGCACCAUAUUCAUCCUGAGCGGUCUGCUCUUCUACUACCCGUUCGUGCACUGCAGGUUCAGCUGGACACGCCAGGUCAUGAAACCAAUCACCAUGCACCUCCAGCUGCUCAUGGAGGUCGUGCCCCCUGAGAAGACCGAAUGAAGAAAACAAAGUGAAAUUACAGCCCAAACUGACCGUCACGUUCAAAUGCACCUCCUUCCCCACGUUGGGCACUACCCUCCACUAGAGGUCACUGUAGUGCACAACGCCGGGAAUAGGGCGCCAGUUGAGAUGCGGUUUGCAACCCCCGAAAUGGAAUAUGACAAGCCAGAGGGGGAAGUCUCCGUGGAAACAGUCUCCAUGGGAACAGUCUCCAUGGUAACAGUCUCAACGGGAACACAUCUUGUUGUUGAAAUGAAUGUACGUUUGAAAGGGAACAUACAUUCAUGGUAUCCCCCUGCCAUUCAUGGAGUGCCUACCUACACAGAAGACAAACAGGUCUGAACACCUGUAUCACAAGGUUUAAAAGGUGCCACUCAAAUAAAAACCCUGUUCCCUUUUAGGGCACCACUUUAGACCAUACUAUAGGUACAAAUGGUGCCCUGCAAAGUGAACAGGAGGCUGUUUGGGACAGAUAAUGUGUUGUUCCUGCUAAAAAGUACUGUUUUACUUUUCCAGUUUUGUCUUUAAUUGAAUAUGCCAGCUGCCAGACCCUGGGAAUGCAAUUGGUGAAUUUAAACUGCUUUACUGUAUAUUGGUGCCUUUGUAUCACUGCAAACUCAUUGUAAAUGUUAGACUAUUGAAUUCAACAUUUCAAAACUUCUCUAACUGGACUUGAAGGGAUCAUUCACCCAAAUUCUAAAUACAUUGGUGUCCUUAACCGUUCAGCAGCCUGUGGACAGAUUAUGACAGGAAUCCUUGUUGUGGUUAGGUGUAAAUGGCAUUGGUUAUAAAUGCUAGCAUUACGGGCAUUUCUGAUACAAAUCCUAUCCAUGUCCAGAGACCUAUGUUAGCAUUUUGUUGCACAUCAUAACCAAAUCAUCCAGAAGUAUUUUAGGUAUAUGGUGAAACUCAACAAAGACCCUUAGAGAUAAGAUAAGACCUGAAUAGAUUGAUAAUAUUGGUACCUUGAUCAUGUGGCAUUCUAGUUAUGGUGUCCAUACGGUAUAAUUCUUCACACAUCAUUUCCAAAUCAUCUAUUAGCAGGUUUAUUGGGCCUCACAAUCAAUUUGAUUUGGAAAUGUGGAUAUGAUGCACAAAAAUUCCUAAUAAAGGUAUUUGGACAUGGAUAGGAUUCGUGCCACAAAUGCUACUAUGCUAGCAUUUGGAAACAGUGCCAGAAUCAAAACUCAGCAUGGAUUACUGUCAAACCUUGUCCAUAGACUGAUUGCAGAUUUUGUUACACGGCUAAACAAUCCCUUUAAAUAUUUAUGGUAAUAAAGGUUGUUCUCUUGUUGUUUCUCAGUUCUAAUGCACCAAGUUUCUCUAAGAACAGUGAAUGAAAUGGUUUACUCAAAUUAUCCAAUGAUAGAUCAAUCCCACAAAGCAAUUGUCAUUUUUGUUGAAGAAGCUGCGCACAGUUUCUAGAUGUCAAUGAAAUGUUUAUAAUAUGUCAAUAAUAACGAGUUAAAUUGUUUUCCUUCCACUGAAUUGUGACUAAGUCAAAAAGCAGCUUUUCUGUGUCACACUGAUGUGGGUGUGUCCCAGUCAUAAAUAAGAUUAACGUGUAGACUGUU